AUUAGACAAAGUGUGUUUUACCAAACCGAUCGCUAUUUAAUUCAUUUACUUGGUUUCUGUUUGGUCAAGAAGAGAAGCUGGCUAAUUAAAAAAUUACGGAGAUCAACUAUCUGAGCUUCCAGAAUGGAGGUGUUUGUUUGGCCCCGGGCUCUUCUAGUUCCACUAUCAUGCUGAGGUGUUUUGUUUUUGUUUGGAUGUUUGACAACAGCUUCUGUCUGACGCAGAACACUCUGGAUGGGAAAAGAAGCAGAAUUUGUUGAGUGUUUGAAAGCAGCAUGAGUUUACAUACAGUAGGCCAUUGGAUGCAGUAGAUUUUGAUGUUCUGAUGGUUACUGGUUAUCAGGGCCGCUGUCAUUGAACGUACAAGCUUGAAUUCAGUGGUGUGGAGUUCUGCUGGUCUGAGAUGGCAGAUGCAUCAGGGAAUAAUUUUGAGGCGGAGCCUCUGAAGGGUGGAGAGGCAGAAGGGGGCGUGUCUAAGGAGAAAAGCUGCACUGAAAAGCUGGGCUGCUCACACCUGACGAGCUGGCGCACGGCUGCGUUCCUCCUCUCUCUCUUUUUGUGCCUGGCAGUGGUCUUUGCCUUUUCAUUCAUCCUUCCCUGCCCCGUACGGCCGCAAUACGAGUCAACCUGGAACUGCACCUUACCUGACGCAGCCACGUAUGAUUUCCUUGCUGUUGAGGACGCCAAUGAAGACAAAGUCUUGGAUGUGUUCUUCAUCUACAAAGAUUCUAAAGCCAGCCGCAACACAUGUUUGAGUGAAGAUUUAUCAAUCCCAUGUCUGGUUUUAACGGCUGUUGAUGGUACUAAUGGGAAGAAGCUUUGGGAACGACCUCUAGCUGCUGAAUUUGAUUGGGUGGAGUGUGGGGUAAAGGGCCUCGGGCGUCAAGAUACAGGAUGUCUGGUUGCUCAUGCGGACAAUCUCACAGCUGUCGAUAAAAAGACAGGUGUGAUCAGGUGGCAGCAGUCGCGUUCUACUGUUAUGAAUGGAAAUCUACCGCUAAUCAGCCUUUCGGAUCUGAAUGCUGAUAAAACAGAGGACUUUGCCAUAAUUUCAUAUAAUCCUGAAGCGGCAUCACUCACACCCGUACCGAGCGAGGUGGUGUUUUUCUCAGGGAAGUCAGGUGAUCAGAUUGGCUUAAAUGUGCUUGCUGAUUGGAAACGCGUGUUUGGUCACCAGCAGUUCAAAACGUCCAGCGGUGCUCCAUAUUUGCUGUUACUCACAAAGUCUGGACUCUAUGCGGUCAGUUUGCAACGUCUAGCAGUUCUGGCCGAUCUGAAGACUGAACUGAAGGAAGAGAAAAGCUGGGAGGAAAAAUCCGACAAAAGCACUGGAUUGAUCUCCCUCUAUCCGUCUGAUUCUCUGAAGCGUGUGAUGGUUUAUCCUGGCAGUGGUUCUCCAUCACUGCUGAUCCAGACAGACUCCAGCAUCUCACUGCUGCACACAGACAAGCUGAAGAUCGCAUGGACCACAAACACAAGCAGUCUGCUCAGUGCGCCAACAUUUGGGCAUUUCAACAAAGAUGGAAUUCUAGACAUAAUGAUAGAGGAAGACAUUGGCAAUAAAACCAAAAGAGUAUUGGUUCUCAGUGGAAGCAGUGGGGCCAUCCUAUGGGAGGUGAAUCUGUUGUUCUGGACUCCAAGUCCUCGUCCGGCGUCUGUCCUCACACUGAACACUUACUCAGUGUUCAUGCUCUGGGGACAGAGUCACGAAAACCAAACAAAUGAGAUGCAAUCAUCAUUCCUGCUGCAUCCUCGAUAUUCCCAACUGAUGCUUGAAAGAAGAAAUCCUGCACGGAACAUCAUCUCCUUUAAGGCUACACUGUUGGAGCGAGGCCGCCACGCCUGUUACCUCGUUCUGACGGGACCAGAUGGACGGCAGCAUGCCGAAUUAGGUGAGACGGACCCAGUGAUGCUGACCAAGCGGAAGAUCAAGGAUGACGUGUCGGAGAGCGGCGUUAUGGGAGUAGCAGUUGACGAAUCGAGUUCUAAAGAGUUGAAGGAGGCGUUCUACAGGCUGCGCUUCAGUGAUGCACUUUUCUGAAACACAAUGACAUAGUUUAUAUUUAAACACUAAUCUUCAACCCAAAGGUCAUACAGGCCGAAAAAAAACGUAUAGAGCUUAAAAAUUCACUCUUGAAAUCCAAAACAGCUUUUGUCUUGACUGUUUUAUUGUUAAUCAGAUCUAGUUUAAGCUGUGCUUGAGAAUGAUGUCAUGAAACCCACAACACUUACAGCAAACCAAUCAGGGUUUUGUCCCCAAUGCUAUACAAUUGCAUUUAUUUUGAACAUAUUAAUUUAUAACUUUUGGGUCAUUAUUUUAUGACAAUCAUAAACUACUGUAAAGCAUUUUAGCUGGAGACUAUCAGAAGGUACGUUUAUAUUUAUAACGAUCAGGGAUUACAUAUAAUGGUGAAUCUCAUGCAUAACAGUCUGAUUCAGGAAAUUAGCCUAAAGGAAUAGUUCACCCAAAAAUGAAAAUGUGCUUAGGGUGUGCUCGCCCUCAGACCAUCCAAGGGUUUGUUUCUUCAUCAGAACAGGUUUGGAGAAAUAUAUCAUUCCAUCGCUUGCUCACCAAAGGAUCCUCUGCAGUGAAUGGGUGCCGUCAGAAUAGCUGAUAAAAACAUCACAAUAAUCCACAAAUAAUCCACACCACUCCAGUCCAAUAGUUAAUGGUUUUUUUUUAAGUGAAAAGCUGUGUGUUUGUAAGAAACAAAUCCAUCAUUAAGGUGUUUUAAGUUUAAACCAUUGCUUCUGGCUAAAAUACCAUAAUGCAUAAUAACACUUGAUCCUGUCUCCAUCGUCUCACAUCAAAAUCCACCCACAUAUAUGUUUAGAACUGUUUUUGGUUCAUCUGUGCAUAUUUUUCCCCUGAUUCAGACCAGACGACUACUUAAAUGGAGAAAGCAAUAUUAUGGACUCAUUUUAUAGCAGGAAGCAAUGGUUUGUUUCUUGCAAACAUGCAGCUUUUGGCUUCUCAAGAUGUUAACUGAUGGACUGGAGUGGUGUGGAUUACUUGUGGAUUAUUGUGAUGUUUUUAUCAGCUGUUUGGACUCUUACUCUGAUGGCACCCAUUCACAUCCAUUGGUGAGCAAGUGAUGCAAUGCUACAUUUCCCAUGAAGAAACAUAAGAACAUAAGCAAAAUAUAAUUAUUAUUUCUUAUCAUCUUAUUUUUUCCUUUUGAUUUUGGUAUGAAAUAUGACUUGGACAUGAGUUUCAUCAGAUUCGUGUUUGGGUAAUUGUGUUGUUUUUAUUGUAUUCUGACUUCGUAGUGCUGUAGUGGAGUGAUGCCUUGCUUGAGUUUACACAAUCUGCAAUGUGUUUCAUACACACUAAGCAUUUGGCUGCAUGUUGCAGUAACACUAAAAACAAGGCUGGUUGUGUGUGUUAAAAAGAAAGAAAAACGAAUGAAUAUGUUAUAUUUGCAGUGCAUUGUCUCUCCUGUAUCACAGGGGUUUGUUUGUUAUGAUGGAAAUUUUGUCUCUCAUUCAUUAAUGGUUUAGAGUUUGGGUGAGUCAAAACAAAGUGUUUGUAAGUGUUCUGCUGUUUUAUGCUGCUGCUGUUGUUGUUAAAGAUGCACCUUUGUCAUUCUUGUUAACUCACUGUGAUGUUUUGAUAGCAGGGACUGGGAGGACUGUUAUCACAUAGUGCUGUACAUUUAGUGCCUUAAACAGGGACCUGAAAUCACAUGCUCUUAUGAGUAAUAUACACAUUCUGUCCACCUGCUGUUUUAGUUGUCUCUACAAAUGUGGGUUUUAUUUAAAGCGGGGCUGUGGAUGAAUUGUACAUUUAGUUUACUGUAGGCAAAAUUAGAGCUUUAUGUCGUCUUCGGUUUUCUGCGCAUCGUCUACAUGCACAGAGGAUCGGGACAAUCAGCUGCACCAAAACAUGCCUCUGAAUCUAAGUAAGCCAAAAUACAUGAAACACUGUGGAUUAAAUACAAGUAGAUAAAAAUGUUGUUUAAAAUAAAUCUUAAAAUAAAACUUUGAUGCAGAUUUAUUAGCUGGUUUAGAUUUAAUGAUUUUGUAAACCUGUAGAUCAGGUUGGAAAUGUAGCUCUUUUCUGUCUUUAUUUGAGAAUACUCUAAAUGAUUGCAUUGUUACGCUAUGCAAUAAAUAGAAUGCAUUCAG